UUAGGAUUCGUUCGUACGUAAUUUUGUUUAUACAAACUUAUUUUAUAAAAGACUGUGACUGUUUAAGGAUAUCGUUGUCGUUUUUUCUUUUUAUUAAUACAAUGUUAACCUGCAAAGCUCACGGUUGUCUUUCAAAUGAAAGCACGAAAAUCGACGGAAAAGAUAUUUCACUCUUUUGUUUUCCUAAAGAAGCAGACCGAAGGAACGAAUGGAUCAAAAAUUGCCAAAUAAGUGAAAAUAUUGAAAAUGAUAAGCCAUUUUACCUCUGCGAAUUGCACUUUGAUAAAUCAUGUUUUACUGAUUCAAAGGAGCUAAUUCCUAAUGCUGCCCCAACUAUUUUUAACAAAGUGGAAGAAGAAAACCAAAGAAAACGUAAAGCUGAAGAUGUGCUUCAAACUGAAUCAUUGGCAACACCAGUGAAGCAGAAAAGAUUGGAUAGCGAUUCUCAUAGUCUGGUGGUUUCAUUGCAAAGUCCUUGUACUCAAUUAGUAGAAAAUGUUGAUAAAAUUUAUGGAGAAGAUAAAAUGGAUAUAUCUGAUCAUGAAACAUCAUUGAACGAAUCUGCUAAUAAUAUAAAACAUGAAUCUCAAAAAGUGAUAACAGGAAAGAAGUUAUAUCGUUUAACGAUACAAGUAGACAAAAUAUAUGGGAAGCCAUGCCCAAGGUCAAAGAAACUCCAGUUGCUAACCCAACUAAUAGAAAGAAAUCAACAAUUCUUAGAUAAUACGAAUAAUACAGGUCAAAGCAACCAGUCUUUAGAAAAAAUUAAUAGAAAAGCAAUUUGUGCAAAAGGUGGAUGUAAGUUAAAGAAGUCGAUUUAUGAUUCAAAACCAGCAUUUCAGUGCGAAUACUGCGAUAAAUAUUACAUAAUGAAGAAAAGUGAUAAUCAAGAUGAGAAAAAUAUUUGUACUAUAUGUCACAAGAAUUUUUCAUCUUCGCAAUCUCUCUGUCUUCAUACUAAAACUCAUUUCAUAUGUGAUAUGUGCCAAACUGAAUGUAGUUCGCAAAUGACUUAUGAUAAACACAUAAGAUUACACGUCAGUACCGAUCCAUUGCAUCCGUAUAAGUGUCAUCAGUGUACAGAAACGUUUGAGCUUAAAGAAGAUGUAAGACAGCACUAUCUAAUCGUCCAUCCUACUAUAAAAUUGCAAAAUACGGUUCUCCAAGUAACUGCGCCAUCUCUGACGCAACAAGUCUCACCCCGACAAGAUUAUCGGUGUGUUAGUUGUAACAUUACAUUUAGAAAUGAACAAGCCUACAGAAAUCAUACGAAUUCUCACAAAAAGAAAGAAGGACUGAGAUGCAGCAUUGGUGAGAGUACCAACAAUAUAUUUCCGAUGCCUAGUUCGUUAACUGGUAGCCAAAUAGGUAUUCUUCGAGCUGUAAAGUUCAGUUGUAGAGUAUGUUCAAUGGAGUUCGACAACGUUGGCGAAGUUGACAUACAUACUAGAACUCAUUUGGAGGCAGAUGAGGAGAGACGUAAAUGCAAUAUCUGUAAAAGACGCUUUAAAACGAGCAAACACCUCGACGAACACUUAAAGUACCACCCGCCCCGUGAACACUCUUGUCCCUGGCCGUAACGAAUAAACAUAGUUAGAACACGGUGACAACUUUUGUUUACAAAAAAAAAAGAAAAAAAAAAAUCUUUCGUCUGUAAAGCAGACGAAGCAAGACUACGGAUCUCGACAAGUGUAGAAGACGAACGUUAUUAUCGAUGACAGUGAACUCCUCUUGGAAUGAUCGGAAAGAUUGACCGAAAAAUGAAAAUAAUAGCAAGCGGUUUUCUUUGAAGCGGCUCCUUGCGCUCGAGGCUGAUGGAACGCGUGAUAGAAUGAUCCUGAUCUUUCCAGAAGGUACGUUCAACAGUCAUUGGCAAUGACGGUGGAACGGCGGAGGAGGAAAAGGGAGAAGGAAAACGAGGGCAAACGAGCCGAUCUUGAAAGGGAGCCGACUAUCCAUAACGGAACAAUCGCUUCGAUGUUCACGGUUAUGCUGUCAACGGGAACCACUUCAAACGUAGCCGGCCUCAAUGUGUUUAUUUGGCUAACGUCAAAUUUACUCGUGGAAAAAGGAGAGCUGCUUGUACCCGGGCUAACACCUUGCUACCUCUCUUCAAACAGCCGCCGCUGUUUUCUUCGCGUCCCGAGCAAAAUCGGAUCGUUUUGUCGCGCACGAUCACCGGCACUUGGGCGUGGCUCGUGUUCCCCUAUUGUCAACCUUUGACUUUUCUCCUGUCGUGUACUCGCAUAUACUGUUCGCUAGUUCCUGGUAAUGCAGCUCGCGUCUCUCUUCGUCGAGGAAGUUGUGAAUUGUAAUUCGCGACAAGAGAGAGAUCGUUCGAACGUAGCGAGAAUUACGAGUUUUUGUUCGUUGUAUCUCGUAGACACUAGUGGCAAUUCUUAAAAAUGAAGAAAUGUCAUCUUGUUACUAAUUAUUAUUACUGUUAUCUUGCAUAUCAAAUGAGUUGUGAGCAAAUCACGUGGAUUUUUAAAUAAAUCAAUUGUACGCGAAUUAACAAUGGAAAAGCGAGCACGAAUAUAUUUUAAUUCGUAUCAAGGGUAGAGAUAUAUGUUCAAGUAUUUAGUAACGCUCUGUCAUUGGCAUAAUACGGGACGACAACCGGCCAGAUAUCAUCGAGAUAAAGGAAAGCACUCUAUAAAUUCGCUAUGGUUUUCCACGGUAGCUAAAUGGUAAACCGUGCCUGUGUGCACGUCUAGCCAAUAGUUCCGUGAAAAUUGAGGAUGCCGAGCGUUCUCGCGUGACAAAUCGCGUGAUUUCCCGUGACCGACUAGGAUCUUAUACGUAGAAAAGAAGGCACGAAAUACAUUUUAAUCUGUUCCUAGCCCAAAAUACGUCGAGAUAUCAAAAUACGUUGUAUAUAGUAUUUCGUUGAUAAGCAUUAGAAUCUUCUUUCGCAAAAGAACCGCGAAUCUUAUUUAACUAAUUAAUGUCGGAAGGAAAAUUUUGUCUCUCGUCUAUCACUUUCAUUUUAACGGCAUUUGAAAAUAAGGACUCUCCCAAAUAUUGCUAACGAAUGUACUGAAUGAAUCAACCUUGGCGAGUUAAAAUAGACGCGAAACUCAAUCGAGGGGCGUUGCUAAAUGUGUGAAAAUUUGGAAUUCACGGAAGAUUAUCAAAUUCAGAGAUUGAAGUCGAGCGAUUCUAAUUUUACAGAAAAUGAAAAUAAUAUCUCUGGCAUUAAUUUCAGCUUGAUCUCGUUCGUAAAUUUUCCGCUUCCUCCGCCGCGAAAUUCCAAAUUAUCGGCAUGACGAUCGAUUCGCCGCGUGUUUUCGUGGAUUUCCACGCGGUUCUAUUUCCCCAAACGUUGUUGAAAGCGAUGUCCCGCUGUUAAAUUUACACGCCACGUUUCGUUGAGCGAAUAUUCUUGCUCGGCCAUCAAACAUGCUAAUUCACACUAGCGUCGUGGUGAACGGUAUUCACCGUCGGGGGUGCUGUUCCCCGAUUAUUCAAUGGACGUCGUCUAUACGGCAUCAAAGUGCCGACGUGAAGGCAACGCAGCUGUUCCUCUUCGUUUCUUUUUUUUUUUUUUCUUUUUUUCAUUUUUAACAAUCACGAUGUUUUUUUUCUUUCGCGAUCAAUAAUUAAUUCAUGUGUUCUUGUAGAAGACAUCGCAAGUGCCGAGCACCAAAUUUUUCAAGAGGAAGAAAGAAAUUAUUAUUUAAUUAAAUUUGCAGGUGCUACUUCUGUUUAUUCCCAGAAAGUGAAAAUAUGUCAUUUUUAUUUUUACUUUAAACAUAUCAUUUUUAUUUUUAUUUUAAAUGUAUUAUUUUAAGUAGAAUGUACACAUGUGUCGGAAUAUAAUAAUGUAUGUAUUAGAACAUGGUAAUUUGGUGAUACAAUGUUUUUUGUGACUGUAUGUAUUAGAACAUGGUAAUUUGGUGAGACUUACAAUAUUUUCUGUGACUAUGUAUUAGAACAUGGUAUUUUGGUGAUACUCACAAUGUUUUCCCCAUUGUCUUUUUUCCAAAUUUUGUUAUUCGAACAAAUGUAUUAUGAAUUCUGAAUCACGAGAUAAAUCUCUUGUACAAAAUAAAAGGAUAAAAUAAAAUAGAUGGACUUAUACA